AUGUCCACGCAACCAGACAAUUCUCUUGAUCAUCCUUCCGACACAAAAGAUAUUCAAUGUAUGAGAAAAUCAGAUGAGAACAGCAAGAGAAUGAGGACAGCUAAUUAUGAGCCAUUAAUGGUAACAGCAUGGGCAGCAUCACGUAGAAGCACUCAUUCGCCGGUUGCUAAAGGAGAGAGGCCUGAAGUAGGGCAUACUUUCAGCUGGGCGGAGAAAUAUCAGCCCAAGGCUUUGAAGGACUUUAUCUGUCACAGGGAGAAGGCUGAAUCCAUCCGGAGUACGGUAUGCCGUGGGCAUUACAAUCAUUGUAUAUUUGAAGGACCUCCAGGGGUAGGAAAGAGAACGAUGGCUCUAGCAAUGCUUAGAGAGUGUGCUGGAAUGGAUAUAACUGAGACAAAGGAGGAAAUCAGAGAAUUCGAUCUGAGUGGAAGCGGGCCAAUUUCUAACAUUCCUGUCAAAAUUGAAGUAUCUUCACAGCUCAUUCAGAUUGAUCUAUCUGAAAUAAGAUGGCAUGCUACAGAAGUAAUUUUGGAUCUACUCCAGGAAACAUAUAUAAACGGCCAAGCAAUUAUUGUAAACGAGGCAGAGCGUCUCUCUAAGGAUGCCCAACUCCGAAUCAAAAGCUUCCUACAGACUUAUAGAGGCCACUGCAAAGUCAUCUUCUGCUGCUAUGAUAUUUCCAGGCUCCACGAUCUCAGUCCCCUCUGCAUGGUUAUUCCACUCCUUCCACCUUCAGAUGAACUGAUUGUUGAAGUACUGCAUUUCAUUGCUAAAAAACAAGACAUUGAAUUACCUGACCAGUUAGCCAACAACAUAGCAGAGAAGUCCAAACGUUGCCUUCAGCAAGCCAUUCGUUCAUUUGAGGCCACCUGGCAUUCGAAUUAUCCCUUUAAAGAAGAACAACUGGUUUUGACUGGCUGGGAAAAAGAAAUUGCAGACAUUGCUACAAGUAUAAUUGAAGAGCAAAGCUCUAAACGGUUGUUUCUUUUCAGACAAAAGCUUCAAAUUCUGUUGCAGCACAAUUUGUGUCCCCAAUUUACAUUAGUGGAAGAACUAAAGAGGCAUUUGGAUGACCGAAUUCAAAGGCAAAUCGGAGUCUUUACCCAGACAUACAACGAUGAUAAUGAAGACCUCUGUAUUGAAAGAAAGAAAAUGAGAAACCAAGAAGAGUUAUUUUGUGGGCAAAUGAGAACAACGGUUGCCGGGUUUAUGAGGAUAGAAGAAUUUGUAGCUAAGUUCAUGAGCUUUUACAAGUACAACGGGAUAAAACAAGGUUGA